UGGUAGGCAGAAGAUAAGUUGAUGGAAAGAAGGAGGGGUUUUGGAAAGGCGGUGACAGACCACUUCUGCUUUCGGUGAGCAUUAAAUACACCCGCCAAAGUGGCCUCUGUGAGAAGUGUUCUAGGCACAGACCAGAGAGUCCAACAAUGAAAAUGCAGUCUCCCAGGAUAUUAUUCAGGAGUUUAGCUAUCAUGGUCAUCAUUACUUCAGUCAUUUGGGCAAAAGCAGAUGCUGAAAAGUUCACCUCCUGCUGCACAGCUGUGUCUGAUGAAGAGGUGACGGACCCAAUCAAGGCCUUCAGGAUACAGAGACCGCACAGUCACUGUGUCCUCGCAGUGAUCAUCACCACAGACAAGAAUGAGGACUUUUGCUGCUCAGUUAACUCUCCCUGGGUGGACAAAAAAAUUAAAGAAUUUAUGAGGAACCUGAGGAGGACCAGGGCAUCUGGAGCCUCCACACCUCUGGCACGUCUCACAUCCUCGACACCAAGCACAGCAUUCAGCACUGACCAGUCACCUACAGAGGGGUCUGGACACCCACAGAGCCCACUGUUCACUAUGCAGUCUCCCAUGACCUUCUUCAGGAGCCUGGUCCUCAUGACCAUCAUUACUUCGGUCACCUGGAUGAGAGCAGAUGCUGAAAAGUUUGUGUCCUGCUGCACAGCCGUGUCUAAUGAGGAGGUGAUGGACCCGAUCGUUGGCUUCAGAAUACAGAAGGCGGAUAAUCACUGCGUGGCUGCAAUGAUUCUUAAGACGGAGAAUAAUGAAGACUUCUGCUGUCCCAUUCACGCUCCAUGGGUGAAGACCAAGAUUGUAGAGUUUAUGGGGAACCUCAGAAGGGAGAGGCAAGCUAAAGUCUCUACACUGCAGCGUCUCAUCACCUCAGGACUAAAGGCUUAAAGAACCGGGGUCCAACUCUCCAGAUGUGAGAUCUGGCCGACGAUUAUUUUUAAAUGUCUGUUUUUCAGUCAUACAGAGCCUCCUUUAAUUUGUGAGGAAUUGGUGUCGUCAAACAUCCGUUAAUAUUGAAUUAUUUAUUCAUUUUAUUUAUUACAACACAAAAAGUAUGGUGUUCUUGACCAGAAUAUAUCAAAUUGAUCCUUAUUCUGUGGUUAGAUUAUUUAAUAUUUAAAUCAGGUAAUGUGUGAAAAUUUAAGUGUUAUUGUACUUUAUUUUUUACUGAAAUAUUUAUUUAUUUUUUUAAACUUUGAAUGAUGUGUGCUGGAAACACAUUUUAGUUUCAUACAUCCGAGAUGUUAAAUUUGAUUUGUAGCAAAGUUUUGUUUUUAUUUAAGACGUUGUGACGUUGUGUGGAGUAUGUAUGUCCUUCUUGACCAGAAAAUAAAAAAGAGCUUACUUUGA